UGUCACGCGUCAAAGAUUAUGAUGACGUAUAUUGCAUGCGCCGGAUGUCUUGCUUACAGACCCAGAGACAUCGCUUAACGCUGAUGUGUUCAAAGAAAUGACACCGCAGCGAUUUUUGUCGAUGGGUUUUUGGAUUUAAUAACAUAAACGAAAAGGGGGCUGUGUUUCAAACUUUACAGAGGACACGGUGGAAAAGUAUCUACCUGUUUGCCAAUGGCGCCCAAAACUAAAGUUGGAACUAAAGGAAAGAAGCAGAUUCUGGAGGAGAACGAGGCCACCUUAAAGUUCUACACAAGAGUCAUCCUUGGUGCUAACGCUAUAUACGCUGUUGUAAAUCUUUUCAUCUUCUACAAUUCAUCUACCUUUUGGACGUGGCUGUUGCUGGCGUUGGCGCUGGCAGUGUAUGUGGGGAGCUACCGUUCCAUGUCCUCCAUGGCCAAGCCGGCGUUUGCUGACGAUGGAAGUCUCCUGGACGGAGGAAUAGACUUAAACAUGGAGCAGGGAAUGGCGGAGCACCUGAAGGACGUCAUUCUUCUCACAGCCAUCGUCCAAGUACUCAGCUCCAUCUCUUCCUAUUUCUGGUAUCUCUGGCUGCUGGCCCCGGCUCGCGCUUUUCACCUGCUCUGGGUGAACAUUCUGGGCCCCUGGUUCUCGGCGGAGACCCCGUCGGCGCCGGAGGAAGUGAACGAGAAGAAGCAGAGAAGACAAGAGCGUCGACAGAUGAGGAGGUUCUGAUGGCGCAGAGUGCACGGAGCCAUAUUUUUAUACACGGAAUGAAAGAACUCGACUGGUUAAGUUAUGCCAUUUUUUGUUAUUGAAUGAAACACAAUCCAGAUUUACCAUCCAAUUUUGAAAGGUCCUACGAUACUGCAGGGAUGUCAUUUAGUAUCUUUUUCAAAUAAACAUCUUCUCCGUACACAA